AUGAAUUGUACGGACAGUGUGCACACACCGGCACAUUCUCGUCCCACAGUGUUUUUUCAGAGGCCAAAAAGCGAAAAACAAGCUAUUUUAGGCAAUCGAACAACACCAUCGUAUGUUGCAUUCACCGACACGGAACGACUGAUCGGUGAUGCGGCCAAAAAUCAGGUUGCCAUGAAUCCGCACAAUACGGUCUUCGAUGCAAAGCGAUUGAUUGGCCGCAAAUUUGAUGAUCCGGCGGUUCAAUCUGACAUGAAGCACUGGCCGUUCAAGGUGAUCAAUGCGGAUGGUGGUAAGCCGAAGGUGCAAGUGGAAUACAAGGGUGAAACAAAAACGUUUACACCGGAGGAGAUCUCCUCCAUGGUGCUCACCAAAAUGAAGGAAACAGCUGAAGCAUACUUGGGACAUCCCGUAAAAGAUGCGGUGGUCACGGUGCCGGCAUAUUUCAAUGAUUCCCAGCGGCAGGCAACGAAAGAUGCUGGCGCAAUUGCGGGCCUAAAUGUGCUGCGAAUUAUAAAUGAGCCAACUGCUGCUGCAAUUGCAUAUGGUUUGGAUAAAAAGGGUCACGGCGAGCACAACGUCUUGAUUUUCGAUCUUGGUGGCGGAACAUUCGAUGUGUCAAUUUUGACAAUCGAAGAUGGUAUUUUUGAAGUGAAGUCAACAGCAGGCGACACUCAUCUUGGAGGCGAGGAUUUCGACAACCGUAUGGUGAAUCAUUUCGUCGGCGAGUUCAAACGGAAAAACAAGAAGGAUCUGACGACAAACCCACGAGCACUGCGUCGGCUGCGCACGGCAUGUGAACGUGCUAAACGCACCCUUUCAGGAUCUACACAGGCGAGCAUUGAAAUCGAUUCCCUGUUCGAAGGCAUCGAUUUUUACACCAACAUUACGCGUGCUCGCUUCGAAGAACUUAAUGCGGAUCUGUUCCGUUCCACAAUGGACCCGGUUGAGAAGGCACUGCGUGAUGCGAAGAUGGACAAAUCCCAGAUGCACGAUAUUGUUCUGGUUGGCGGUUCAACUCGCAUUCCGAAAGUACAGAAGCUGCUGUCGGAUUUCUUCUCCGGCAAAGAGCUGAACAAAAGCAUCAAUCCUGAUGAGGCUGUAGCUUAUGGUGCGGCGGUGCAAGCUGCAAUUCUGUCCGGUGAUAAAUCGGAGGCAGUACAGGAUCUGCUUCUCCUGGAUGUUGCUCCGCUUUCGUUGGGUAUCGAAACUGCGGGUGGCGUGAUGACGCCGCUGAUCAAGCGCAACACAACUAUCCCAACAAAAACAUCGCAGACAUUCACCACGUAUUCUGACAAUCAGCCCGGUGUCUUGAUUCAGGUUUAUGAAGGUGAGCGUGCGAUGACGAAGGACAACAACUUGCUUGGCAAAUUUGAGCUUUCGGGCAUUCCGCCGGCACCUCGCGGUGUACCGCAGAUUGAGGUUACAUUCGAUAUCGAUGCCAAUGGAAUCCUGAACGUUACGGCGCAAGAUAAGUCCACCGGCAAGCACAAUAAGAUUACGAUCACAAACGACAAAGGCCGACUUUCGAAGGACGAGAUCGAACGAAUGGUGCAGGAAGCCGAGAAGUACAAGGCAGAUGAUGAGGCACAGAAAGAUCGCGUGGCUGCCAAAAAUGCGCUGGAAUCGUAUGCCUUCAAUAUGAAGCAGACAAUUGAUGACGAAAAGUUGAAAGAUAAGAUCUCGGCGGAUGAUCGUAAGAAGAUCGAAGACAAAUGUAGCGAAGUGAUCAGAUGGCUGGAUAGUAAUCAGACAGCAGAAAAAGACGAAUUUGAACACCAACAGAAGGAGCUGGAAUCUGUGUGCAAUCCGAUCAUCACCAAAAUGUACCAGAGUGCUGGUGGAAUGCCAGGCGGUAAGUGA